AUGGCUCUGUGCUACCUGAUGGCCUUGGGCCUCAACAAGGGCCACAAGGUGAGGAAGAAUGUGAGCAAGCCGAGGCACAGCCACCGCCGUGGGUGCUUCACCAAGCACACCACAUUUGUGUGGGACAUGAUCUGGGAGGUGUGUGGCUUUGUCCCCCAUGAGCCACAUGCCAUUGAGCUGCUCAAAGUCUCUAAGGACAAGAGGGCCCUGAAAUUCAUCAAGAAAAGGGUGGGGAUACAUAUCCUUGCCAAGAGGAAGAGAGAGGAGCUGAGCAAUGUCCUUGCAGCCAUGAGGAAGGCAGCAGCCAAGAAAGACUGA